AUGCCGGCCUCUGUCAUUCGUGCUUUUGGGAUCAUCAAGGGUGCUGCAGCAAAAGUCAACGUGAAGCAUGGCGCAUUAGGUGAGAUAAAAUGGAUAGGAAAGCUGAACAGAGACCUCGAGGCAGAUGCUAGACUUGGGCAUGCAAUUCAGCAGGCAGCGGAGGAGGUAGCUUCUCUCAAACUAAUAGACCAUUUUCCAUUGGUGGUUUGGCAGACAGGUUCAGGAACGCAGACCAACAUGAACACUAACGAAGUGAUAUCUAAUCGAGCUAACGAGAUACUUGGUGAGCCGCUCGGUCAGAAAAACCCUGUCCACCCCAACGACCAUGUCAACAUGUCUGGCUCUUCGAACGAUGGCUUUGCAACGGCUAUGCAUAUUGCGGCUGUACUGGACCUGGAGGACCAUUUGCUUCCUGUAUUGACUAGCCUUCGAGAUAUCAUGAAGAAAAAGAGCCAACAAUUUGCCCAUAUAGUCAAGAUUGGCCGAACUCACCUUCAAGAUGCCGUGCCACUUUCACUUGGGCAAGAAUUUUCAGGGUUCGAAAAACAAUUAGAGCUGGGCAUCCAGCGUGUGGAGCAAGGGCUGGAGGGCCUACGUUUCUUGGCAAUGGGUGGUACGGCCGUGGGGACGGGUCUGAACACGUACAAAGGGUUCGAUGAGGCAUUUGCGGCAGAAGUCAGUCGACUCACGGGCAGACGCUUCUUCACAGCACCUAACAAGUUCGAGGCCAUCUCGGCAAAUGAUGCCAUUGUCUACGCUUCCGGAGCAUUAAACACAUUGGCUUGCUCCCUGUUCAAGAUCGCUCAGGAUAUCCGUUUCGAAGGUAGUGGACCGCGGUGUGGACUGGGAGAACUUCUAUUGCCUGAGAACGAGCCAGGCUCAUCUUUCAUGCCAGGAAAGGUGAACCCAACUCAAUGUGAGGCGAUGACGAUGGUCUGUGCAAAAGUCGUGGCAAACCAUACCGCCAUAACUUUAGGAGGACUGAGCGGCCAAUUUCAACUGAACGCUUUCAAGCCGCUCUUGAUUUCUGACUUUCUGCACUCGGUCCGCAUCCUGAGCGAUGCCAUGCGGAGCUUUGAACGGAACCUCCUGGAGGGGCUCCGUGCAAACGAGAAGCGCAUCAGUUACCUAUUGGGACAGAGCCUUAUGCUCGUGACGUGCCUCAGCGGUAAACUGGGAUAUGACUUGGCGUCAAAGGUUGCAAAGCAUGCCUAUAAACAUGAUCUGACAUUGAAAGCAAGUGCGCUAGAGCUCAAUGCGCUGAGCGAAGAAGAAUUCGAUCUUCUUGUACGUCCCGAAAACAUGAUUGCGCCAUCCGGUUAG